AUGUUACCAGAGACUAAUUGUUUCAUUUUUGUUUCUAAUAAUCUGGUUGUAGUCACAUGUAAGUCCAUAUUUAAUGUUUCUUUUCACCACCACUCUUCUAAAUAUGAUUUGCAUUAUGUUUACGCCUCGCAGGUGAGAAAUGGUCAAGUUGCUCCGAUCUACGUCAUCAACCUUCUCAUCUCUGACAUCAUUCAGCUCUGCUGCUUGAUCGCUUGGAAAGUACCAGCUGAGGUUUUGAAUUCUAAAAUUGUAAAAAUCAUUUACAGUUUCAGUCUGCUGACCAGUGUUGGCUUCAUGGUGUGUGUCUCCCUGGAAAGGUAUUUGGUCAUCGCCUGGCCACUGUGGUACCGCUUCAGACGAACCAUCAAGACCUCUGUGGUGGUCUGUGUCGUGGUCUGGGUCUUUCCUCUUGUCUUUGUCCUCAUUUCACAUUUCUCCUCUGUCUUUUGGGUCACUAUAACUGUCUAUGUUAUCUUCUAUCUCCUUCCCUUCCCACUGCUCAUAUUCUUCCUGGGUGGGACCCUCAAAGCUCUGUCUGCCAGCACUGUCCCCUCUGAUGAAAAACGAAGAAUUGUGGGAGUUUUGGUUCUGGUGCUGCUUAUUUACACACUGCUGUUCAUGCCCCACAUCAUCUGGUUACUGUCAGAGGAAGCAAAAAAUAACUUUACCUUUCCUGUACUGUCUGACAUCUUUCUGACGUUGAGUCCUCUUGCAGACUUAUUCCUGUAUGUGUUCAUGAGGAAAGGGAUCAUAGACAAGCUUUUGGCCUCUGUGUGUUGUUGCAGAAUGGACAGCAAUGAUAUCAGCAGAUCAUCAGGUAAUGAUGACAACAUUCACACAGUCAGCUCUGUGUAGGCAGAGAAAGAGGGAGAGAGAGAAAGGAGAGAAAACAGAAGGAGAAAUGUAGGCAAAUAGAAAGAAUAGAGACAAGACAGAUACUGUCAUCUACUGAUACGAUUUCCAAUCAGACACCUAACUGUAGAUAAAAGGAAGCAUUGCUUUGACUCUGCUGUGGGAGAACUGGUUGCUGGGAAAUGUUUUGG